GAACCGUGAUAAAAAACUUGCGACUCCAAAACCCCGGACACUACUAUGCAAGUAUAUAAAAAAAAAACUCCUUUUCAAUUUUUUUUUUUUUUAGAUGUUUUGCAGUUUAUGAGCUAUAGUUCAUUGUUAGAUGCUAUACAGACAUACGAAGAAGAAACAAUUACAAAGUAUCGUGUCGCAAAGGAAUCAAAAGAUUUUUCCAAAGAUGUUUCCCUGAUUGACAUUUUAAAUUCAUCAAAGAAUUUACCAAAACCAUGCUGGGAAUUUUGUGGGGCAAAUGAUAGAUUACCAAUUCCUUAUAGUGGGCACCCUUAUAUAUUGCUUGGAAAACAAAUUUAUCACUGCCAUCAAGGUAAAGAUAUUGAUGCUAAAAAAAAAGAAAGAUACCGAAUAGAAAAUGAUGCUCUUCGUAUGAGUGAUCACAUGUACAAAAAAUCGCGUAAGUACACGCAACCGACAAAAAAAAUGGAUUGCCCUGUGUCUUUUUCUGUUAAAAAAAUCAUGAUCUUUUAUGAAACUAAAUUGCCUAAAAACAAUAAGUAUAAUCGAACUAACGCAGGAAGGCAGUUAAAAGAGCAGUUUAUAGUAGCAAGAUCAAAAAAUUCUCCUCAAAUCGGACAACUUGUUUAUUUGUUGAAGUGGCCUACUGAACCACAUGAAAAUCAUAACAUUGGUGAAGCAGCUGGUUUGAUAGAACCGUUAGACAAAAGAGUAAAUGAUUUUUUACGAGAACAGAUAAGAAGUGGUUGUAAGGGCAUAAGAGAUUUAGAGAGUAGAGCUGAAGGAUAUGUUAAUCUAGUUAUUUUACCGACGCUUAGCGACAACGAUUUUCACCGACGCCGAUAUACACCUUCUCGGAGAAAACUUAGAAAUAUUAUUAUAUCCGAAAAGCUGAAAAAUCGAUAUGCCAAAGUAGACCAAAUAAAUGUUGAACAACUUGUAACAGAUAAAUGGUCUAAAUGGGGUGACAUAUGGUUUGAGGGUUUAAGCAAGCGCAUCGAAGCUCAAACAGUGGAAAACGACAUAGAUUUGCAAAGUGACGAAGAGGUCGAAAAAGUAAUUAAAAAUCUUGCAACUCAUAAUACAGAUGUUGUCAGGACUAAUGUAAAUUUCCAAGUGGUUGCAAUUUUUGUGUUGCAGGAAGAGACGCAAGUCAUGAUCGUAAAAGCUUUGACAUUAAUAAAAUCAUGGAAUCCUGAUAUUGAGCCUAAAUAUGCAAUGGUUGACUUUGACGAAGAAGAGAUUUAUUCGCUAGAAUCAGUUUUUCCUAACAUUAAGGUGUAUUUAUGCGACUUUCAUCGUGAGCAAUGUUGGCACCGUUGGAUUUCAAAAUUAGAUAAUGGGGUGCAAAAUAUUGCACAACAGGUUAAAAUAUACUUGCGUCGUAUAGCGCAUUCAGAAAAUGUAGAAGAAUGUCGAAAAGCUACGUCCGAGUUCUUAUCUUGGGAAUUCUGUAAAGACAAACUUCUAAAAUGGUUUCACGGAACGUGGUUACCAGAGAUAAAAAGAUGGUGUCUGGCUUAUAGACCUGAUGACAUGAUGUUUAAUAAUACCAACAAUGGCACUGAGCGAUUAAACGAGGAUCUAAAAUACGACGACCUUGCUAACUACAAAUAUUGCUCACUCAGUGAGAUGCUUACAGUUGUUAUUGAAAACUUCAUACCAAAGCAUUAUCGUAAAUACGUGGAGUUGAACGUAAGGUACAGUGAAGGUUAUAAAAAAUAUAAUGAUGGAGUGCCGUCGUAUUUUCGAAAUCGCCCAAAACAACUUGUAAAUAUUUUAUUGAAUAACGAAAGCAAAGUAACAUCUUCGAUGGUAAAUUCAGUUAAAAGAAUAGACCCGAUAACAUUCGGGGUCAAUAGUUCCGAAGUUAAAACUAAUAACAUUAACGAUUAUAUUGUGUGCAUAGGUAACGAGGAUAAGUUUUGUUCCUGUUCUUGUUCAGAUUAUCGUCGUCAUCGAAUAAUUUGUAAACAUUUUUUUGCCGUGUUUAAAUCUGGAAUGUCAACAUUUGAAAAUCUUACUACCAAGUUUCUUAAUCAUAGUUGGUCCGUUCUGGAUCCCGAAAUUUUUGUUAACUCGUCAAAGAAAGAAGCUCAAUGUAAUACAAAACCAACUGAGAACAAAAACGAGCAGCAGAUAGACGAUGAACUAAAUAGUAUUUCUAAUGACAACAAUAUUUUUGACUUACAAGUCAACAAUUUUGAUAAUAAAGAUAAGAGUAAACAAUUAUUUAACAAGCAUUACGCGAAUGACUUCAAAACACGCCAACCAAUUUCAAAAUGUUAUCAAAUCGAUUCGCGCUCUAAAUUAAAAAGAUUAAUGGAUUUAACCUAUCUAGUUAAAGAUGAAAAUAUUUUGGAUCAUAUGAACACAGACUUAGAUACCAUUACAGCGUUAAUAUUAAAAAAUCUUAGUCAACCAUCAGGAUUAAUAAAAAGGGACUCCCCUAUAAAAAAAUUUAAAUCAAAAACCAGCUUAACAUCAAAAUCUAUUUUAAAACCAAAAAGUAACUUGUCUUCUAAAAAUUUAUUCGCCAGAAAAAGAAAGCAUCCGUUUAGUGGAAGGUGUGGACAGACAGCUGAAAUGAUGAAACAAUGUUACAGAGCAAAUCUGGAGCUCAAUACUGACUCCUCUGAUCAAGAGGACAUCAUCAUUGAAAUUUGCGAAGAAGAAAAACAGCAUGUUGAAGAUAAGAUGGAAACUGGAGAAGAAGAGUUGGUAAUUACUCAAUUAAAAAAAGGGAGACCGGGAGAACUUAAGUUUUAUCGAUUUCAUUCAAUAUUCGACUCCAAUAUGGAAAAAGUAAUACAAAGUGGUGAUUGGUUAACCUGUAAUGAAAUUAACCAUGCUCAACUUUUGCUCCACAAGCAAUUUCCUUUUGCGGAAGGCUUGGAAGAUACUGGGUUAGGUCCUUUGCUUAAAAUGUCCAAGCUAAAGUCAAGCAGGAUACAAAUAAUCUACAGUAACAACCAUUGGAUAACAUUUGCGGCAGAAACAUCGAAUAAUAUUAAAGUUUUUGACUCCUUAUCUAGUAAUCCUUUACACCAUACCUCAAUUAAACAAAUUUGUCAUGUUGUAAACUGCAAUGAAUCCAUACUACGUAUUUUAAUUGAGCCCACACAACAACAACAAAAUGGUUCAGAUUGCGGCUUAUUUGCGAUAGCAUAUGCAACAGAUAUUCUCUUUGGGAUAAAUCCAGUUGAUUCAAACUAUGACCAUACUAAAAUGCGGGCACAUCUAGUUGAUUGUUUUCGACAAAAUUUAAUGAGUACUUUUCCACAAGCUUCGUUUAGUAAACGAAUUAAACGAGGAAGACAAAAAAUAGUCCUUCAAGAUAUUUUUUGUUCAUGUAGGAUGUCUUUCUUUGAUUCUGACGUCGAGACAGACAAAGGCCUUUUCAUGGCACAGUGCUCAAAUUGCAGUGAAUGGUUCCAUAAAAGAUGCCAAAACAUACCAACAAACAUAUUCAAAAAUAAGAAUUUUGGCAAUCAUUGGAAGUGCUCCAGAUGUCAAUAA